AUGCGCGACAUUAUGCGGGAAACCUGCGUUCGAUUCAAAGAGUGGAGCGGAGAACGGGACUAUGUGUACAUCCGGCGCGACUACACUGAAGGGGCUUUCUACAUGAAUCAAGGAAGACAGGGCGGCCGACAAGUAUUAUACGUGCAUCAAAAGGUUUGGACGAAAAAAACGUUUUUGCAUGAGCUCGGACAUGUAUUGAACUUGCAUGACGAACACAAGCGCCCGGACAGAGACUACUACAUUGAAGUUUUAGAGGGCAACGUUAAAGGGGAAUUGUCGCAAUUAAUGCAUAAAAAGGAGGAGGAGGAGGUGAAUCUCUUGGGAGAGCCGUUUGAUUUUGACUCUAUAAUGAUGAAGGGCGAUCGUGUUCACUCCAAGGAUCCAAAAAAUCUGAUAACACUUCGGUCAAAAAUAGCUGGGCGUCCUUUAAAAUCUGAACUAAACGAAAAAUUGAGCAGUGGCGACGUUAGGAGAAUCCGGGAUCUAUAUCGCUGUUACGGAGCAGUUCAGAAACCAAGCUUCCCUGAGGAUGUUGUCUGUACCUUUGAAGAGCAUAACUGCGGCUUCAAAGGGUUGCGUAAUCUGGAUUCGGAAGAAUUUUGCCUUAAUCGUAAUCGGCGUCUCAAUUGGGACUGGAAAAGGAGAAUAGACUCAUCACAUUAUAUCGAAGAAUGGAACCUUGAAGGAUACCUCUUUUGGCGGUUUAAUAAUGAUUUUAAUCUUACAACCACCCAAGAUCACGCUUGGAGCGUAGGUUUUUACGGGCUGAGCCCUAUCGACGAGACUCGCGGCCCGAAGGGCUGUAUCUAUUUUAAGUAUUCGUUCCAGACUGAGGGAAAAGGACUCAACACACUCAAUCUGUUGCAAGUGGAGCUACGGUCACCUCUGGACUCCAGGUAUUUCGAUUACAGUCCGAAAUCGUCAACUGUAAUUUGGUCGGAAACUGCCGAACGUCCGCGUAGAUUUUGUUCGAGAAGGACGCGAUGGAAGCAUGCUCACUUUCCUUUGAACGUUAAGAAUCCAUUUUUGCUCGAUUUUGUUUCUACCUUGGAGAACGGAAUUGGCAAGUUUAAGGUUAAAAUUGACGACUUGGUAGUUCAAUACACACCCUGUCCAAUCAAGAAGAAAAACUGGCACCUUUUUGGGUUUAAAUCGGAUGAACCAAUUCCGGUCCAUACGGAGAGUCCAAAUCGGCACCAAAAGAAAGUCCAAAAGAAGUUCUCAUGGAGAAGACUAAUCUCAAAGUCCUUCAAGAGUGUAAGAUCUCGCGUAACGUCCAUUUCCAAAUCGAGAUCAUCCUCAGCCUCCAUUCCCAGAUCGACAUCGUCCUCAUCGUUCAUUUCCAGAUGGAGAUCGUCCAUAGGGUCGACAUCAAGAUCGCCAUGAAAUAUCAACAUUUGAACCUUUUGCUCAAAGAGGUUGUCACCGUCUUUGCCGAAAUCAGCCGCGUUUUCUGAUCGAGAAUCCAGAGGAGGAAGAAUCUGACAGCGUUAUAG